AUGGCUUCACUCGCCGUUGCACUCGGCGCGACUCAUUCCAUCGCCGCGGAUGCUGCGCGGAUCUCCCACCUCUCCGCGUUUGCCCCUGCCUCCGCAUUUUCACCACCCGCGCCGCUGAGAAUCCGCGAUCGCCGCAAUCACCCCCGCCACACCCGGGUUUCCGCAUCGCUCUUCGGCUCCUCUUUCCCCCCCGCCUCUUCCGCCGCUUCCGCUUCUUCCGCCUCCCAGGCAACUGCGGCGGCGGAAGCGGCGGGGACGACGGUGUGGUUCCAGAAGACGAUCGAGCUGCCGCCUUACAAACGAGGCUGCCACAUCAUCACGUCGCAGAUCAUGCGGGCCGUGCCAGAGAUCACUGAGUUCCGCGUCGGCAUUGCAAAUAUCUUUGUGCUGCACACCUCCGCCAGCCUGACCAUCAACGAGAACGCAAGCCCAGACGUGCCUCUGGACAUGGAGGACGCUCUCAACCGCAUUGCACCGGAGGGCAACCAUUACCGCCACUUAGAUGAGGGUUAUGAUGACAUGCCAGCCCACGUGAAGUCUUCUCUAAUGGGCUGCUCGCUCACCGUCCCCAUCAUGUCUGGUCGCUUCAAGCUCGGCACAUGGCAGGGCAUCUAUAUGAACGAGCAUCGCAAUUACGGGGGGGCGAGGCAGCUGUGUGUUACCAUUCAUGGGGAGAAGCGCGCUGAUGGGCGGUGA